UAGGUGGGCUGACUCGAGAACAGCAGGACUCUCUGGAUAGCAACUUUACUGGAUCGAGUCCAUGCUUGUUUUAUUGGGGAAUAUUUCAGCACGUUGUGAGUGAGUGAAGAAUGUGAUGGUGACGGAGCAGUAUGGAGUGCUCGUGGAAGACUCUACUUCUGCUCGUGUGCACGUCUUUGGGGGUGCAGUACACUGCCAUCCGUUCCCUUCAUGACUCCUUCAGUGGCCCAUGCCAAGACUCCGCCCACUGCCAAGGACGCCAGGGUAAAGAGCAGAGAUGGAAAUCUCUCUGCGAUGACAGCCAAGUCCCUGAUGAGACUAGUGCUGCCGCCGCUCGAAAGCACAUCCUUCUGUUUGCACAAACCCGCAGUGGCUCCUCAUUUACUGGACAACUUUUCAAUCAACACCCUGGCAUAUUUUAUGUUUUUGAGCCUCUUUUCCACGUGCAACAGGCCUUCACCAAUUCUAGUAGCCGUCUACAAAGGGCUUUGGAUGGCAGAGCUCUUCUGGGAGCCUACCGAGACCUCCUACUCAAUCUCUACAACUGUGACUUCAGCUUCCUGGAGAGCUAUAUUCGCCCCGAACCACAGGAUCACAUGACCGGGGCCUUUUUCCGCCGCAGCUCCAGUCACGCCCUGUGCACGCCGCCUGUCUGCCAGGAAGGUGCCGAGGAGAUUCUAGCAGGCCAACCGGAUGAAGUCUGGUGCCCAAAAAAGUGCCAGGCCUUGAACCUCACACUAGCCUCUCAGGCUUGCCAAGCACGAAGUCACGUGGCCAUAAAAACAGUUCGUAUCCCAGAGAUAGGCGACCUACGUACGCUUUCAGAAGACCCCCGUUUAGAUUUGAGAAUUGUCCAUUUGGUGAGAGACCCCCGAGCCAUUCUCACCUCCCGCAUGACUGCUUUUGCCGGUAAAUUCAGGGCCUGGAAGAUCUGGAAUGCCACUGGCCGCCAACCACGGUACGUGGACCUGACGCAGAUAACGAGAACAUGCAGAGAUAUUGAGUAUUCUGUGGAGACCAGCCUGCAGAAACCCUCAUGGCUGAGGGGGAGGUAUCUUUUGGUACGCUAUGAAGACUUGGCCUUGAAUCCUGAGGAAACGUCCAAGGAGAUAUACAGAUUUCUGGGGCUGGACCUGCAUCAAAGAGUGCUCACAUGGAUUGCUCAUAACACCAAUGGCACUGUCCCAUCUUCUUCAGAGUGGAACUAUAAGUACUCCACUACAAGAGACUCUAAAGCCACAGCUCAGAGCUGGAGAGUGCAUCUGAACUUUGACAUUGUUAAGACAGUUCAAUCUCUUUGUAACAGAACUCUUGCUCUGCUAGGCUAUAAGCUUGUCCAGUCUGUAGAUGAACUGAGGAAUAUAACAAAAAGUUUAAUGGAGCCUAGGACGUAG